AAUCUCUCGCUCACACUUAUUACAGCGGCGCUGCUCGCACAAAAUGCUCUUGCUGUUAUUAUUUGGUGGUGCAAAAAACAAACAAUGGAAGUCGAAAUUAUAGAAAAGUCGCUUAAUAACCCGGUAAUUAUGGAAACCAGCAAGGAUGAUAAUAACAAUACCGAUGAUGAUGACAAAUCUACAAUUGUGGCACCCAUUGCGGUUGCUGCGCGUUCGAAGCAGCUGCUUAAAACAAAUCUGCGUGUGUUGUUAUCAAAUUUGUAUAUGAAAAGCGCGGGACGUUUGCCGGGCGCCGCUGUACCCCGUUGUCUAUACAAUACGAGUCUCUGCGUGAGCAAUCAUCGAUGUGCCAUGCUGCCCAAUGCGCCGGAUAUAUCAGUGGCACAGGAUUUAACAACCAAUUUACAUAGUCAGCAAUACGAUACGUAUUUGCAAAUGCUGGAGAUGCUGGCGCUACAAACGGUCUACCCCGGCGAGGGUGUAUUUGAGCGUCUGCUGGAUAUGGUGAUGAUACUUUCAACCAAAUCUAUGACUAUGGAGGAGUUGCGUCAGCGCUAUGAGCAAGUGCUGCGUAUUUACUACUUGUUGCUGGAUGCAUUUCCGCCCUGCUGGACCACAUUGCGUCCCUACUAUUUGCAUUUUCUGGGUAUUAAUACUAGCACAGACGUUAGCGUGGAAAAGACGCCACAAAAGUUGCAAGUGUUUCUAGACGUGUUGGAGGAUUGCUUGGCUAAAUGCUCAGAGCAAGAGCUAACGCAGUAUACAAGUAGCCUAGAGGCGCUUCAAUUUGACUAUGACAAUGAGAAGCCACAUAAAGUAUCAGAUGGUGACGUUUUUCUUGGCGAUGUGGAGGAUUUUGAUUGGGAGAGCGACAAGCAAUGGAUAGAUGAUGUUAAGAAAAUGUCAAAUGGCGUGCAGUUGGCAAGAGUUUUCAACGGCUUGGACAUGCUAUGCUCGGUGCUGGAGCGUGAGUUUCUUUCUUGGCUGGACCAUAAUCGCUUGCAACAGGCAGAAGCGGAUAUAUUCCAAGAGGAAACAAAACCGUUUGUGCUUAUUGUCUUUGGUAUUAAGUCGAAUUUGCGGCUAACAGCCAUUACUAAGCAGCUAUUGCGUUUGUAUAGUCGUGCCGUAGCCAAGGACUUGCAUCAGGAACGGCUCAACGUGCUGCAUCGCUAUAUCUCGCUGCUCAUGGAGGCCAGCAACACUGCAGAGCUUCAGUAUGUGGACAAUGCUGUCGUUUAUCCCAGCUUGGGAACUCAGACGCAACGUUUGAUUGUGGAAUUCUUAAAGAUUUUCAAGGCAGAGAAUCCUUCGAAUAUUAACAGCUAUGUUAAGCAGCUAUCGCAGCUGCAACAGCCCUAUGUGCGCUUCACCUUUGCGGAUCAGUUUCUGCAGCUAUUCUACUUCUCCAGUGCACCGUUUAAUCCUGCCAAGAUCAGUGAGGAAUUCAAAGCCAAGCAAUGGCUAAAAUAUAAGCCCAAAAAUGAGCAGGAGCAAGCUGAGUUGGAGCAGCUUUCACGCGAAGAUUAUCUACGUGUACUGCUUAACGCCUUGCAGGAUUACUGCAAGUGGCUGAAUCUCAAAACCUGCUGGAACUAUAUAAAAACCAAAAAGCCUAUCCAACCGUUGCAGACUACAACCAGCAGUCCGCUAGCAACUCCAGUGGGCGCUGUAACUGGCAAUGUGGGCAAAGUCUUUGAGCUGGAUGAGAUGCAAAAGGAAUCGCAUACCUGGAAGCAGCGCAUGAAUUUGAAAGUGAUUGUUAGCAAGCCCAAGGUUAGUCUGCCUGUGGCCAGAAUCAGCGUUACCAAAAUAGCAGAGGUAUAUGGCACAGAUCUUAGGCAGUUAAGAUACUUGCGACGCGUUCUGUUAGUGGCUAAACGUUUUAUAGAUGUUACGGAAUGGUUAAGUUUUUUGGACGAUUUUCUAGGCGAAGAUACGCCGCCAGCUUCAUCAGAAGCAUAAGGCUGGCAAUGAUCUACAUAUGCAUUUAAAGUUUAGUUUUUUAUAUUAAGUUAAAAGACCAGUGUAUAAAGAUGGAAUUUAUGUAUUUAUUUAAGU